AAGCAGUGACAUAUUCCCCAUUUAAACUUUCUUGCAUCUCUGUCUGUUUAAUACGCCUAUAUUUCCCUUCAAUUGAAUGUUCCAGAACGUUAACACAUAAUGAAUGCAUCCCAUUUGGGUCGAAAGUGACUUCAAGGUCUAAUCAAUCCAAUUAGUGACCUCGCACCGCUCGUUUCAAGACGACCAAAAUUCACAAAAAUAUCACGCAACAUAUUACUUUUGUCCCAAAAUUGUAUUGUUCAAUCGUGAUUCGUUUAAUAAAAACAUCACACGAAAAAAACACAAAGCCAAACAAUGCAACUUUUGAUCGGCAUAUUCUUUUCAAUAUUUCUGGCACAUUACCAAUCCUUUUCUCUAGUCCAGCCGCACGAAACAUUUCAAACUAGAAAACACGACGCCCUGCCUCGAGUCAUCUGCACCGGCCGACGAAUACGAGCAGUUUUCAGUCAUGCGGUUCUACCCAACCUGCACGUAAAAGACAGGUCUGGAGUUAGUGUGCCGGUGCCUAAAGCAAUAGAACUUUGCGGAGUGAAAAUGGGUGAGAAGAAUGGAACCCUUUCUUUCUAUAGUCGAUAUGACAGUUGUUACACACAGGUUAAGGACCACACACUGGUUGUAUCUUUGGAAGUCCAGUUGAUUUCGGGUAAUCAAUGGUACAGGGUCAAUAUUACCUGCCCACUGCAUAAGAUGGUCCACAAACCUCACAUCAGAACCAUGUCACCACCAGGAAAAUGUAACAUUCACAGAGCUUUGCGUGUGAACUGUGGACCCCAGGAUGUCUCCAGUGAUGGCUGUCUCAGGCUGGGUUGUUGCUAUGAUUAUCAUCGCUCGACUUGCUAUUACAGAAUGAAUGCAUGUUCUCUGGACGGCCAUUUUGUGUUCUCUGUGAAGGCGACAGACACUAACCCGCCAUUCAACCCCAGUGACCUCAUAGUCAAAGAUCACCCACAGUGCUCUCCUGUAGCUACCUUUGCAGAUAGAGCCAUCUUUAAAAUCGGGGUGAUGGAGUGUGGUACAAAGAUGAUGGUUAAAGGAGAUGUUGUAAGCUAUGAGGUGGAGGUAGAGGUGAUGCGUCCAAAAAGUAUCGGAAAACAUCUUCCUUUCAGUCUGCAGGUGCAGUGUCAAUAUGAGCGUUCUGCACACCACCACGCUAAUCUGCGGUCCCUAAACCCAACUAACCCUCCACCUGUGACUGCGCUGGGGAGCGUCCGAGUGCAGAUGAGAAUAGCCACAGAUGAGUCCUUCACCUCUUUCCUCCCUGGAGGCCAUUUGCCCCUGACCGUCUCCCUUCGUAAGCCUGUGUUUGUGGAGGUGUCUAUUGCCCCGCCCUCCCCGGACCCCAGCCUGUCCCUGCAUGUGCGUGACUGCUUUGCCUACCCUUCCUCCAGACACUCUGUAUGGACACUGCUCUAUGAUGGCUGCCCCAAUCCCCUGGACAACAUGAGGAGCUCUGUCCCGGUAGACAGUCAGGGGAAGACAACCUCUCACUCUCAGGUCAGGAGAUUUGAUGUCAAGACCUUUGCCUUUUUGGAUCCUGAGACUGGCCUUCCCAGUGUGGAGGAGGUGUACUUCUACUGCUGGGUGGAAAUCUGCCCAGAAGAGGUUAAGUGUGAACAACCAUGCUCCAUUACCUCCCCGGCUGCUGAGAGAAUGAAGAGAGAGGCUGGUUCAGAUCAAGUCUCCCAGUUAGUGUCGUUUGGGUAAAUCACAGUGAAUUUAGCAAGUCAGCUGUCAAUGGAGACGCCCACUGUCACAUCGACCUCCAUGAGAUUCUCUUCUCUGUUGGUAAUGAAGAAAGCAAAAGAGAUGCAAAGCAGAAAGUAUUUGACAGGUUGACAUUUUGAAAAGAAAACAAUAAAAAGCUAUAAGCACUG